AUGUUCAUGCUGGUGCAGGUGGCCCUCCAGGACCUGAAGGAGUCGAAUCGCGUGGAGGAGCUGCCCAAUGUGCUUUGGGCCCUGCAAACGUUGCAGGUGGAGUGCCCCAAGCUCCAAGAUGCGAAUGUCCAGGGCCUGAAGGUGUUCACCGAUCAGCAGCUCUUUCUGCUGGCCAGCGGAGCAGCAGAGCGGUUGCCACUGCAGACGGAGAUGGCCUGGCGGGCGACAGCCCAUCGAGGCGAUGACUUGGCCUUUCUGCGUCUCGUGCUGGGAGUGGUUUGGAUCUACAGCUUCUACAACUGCCUCUCUCAGCGUCUACUCGUUGCCGCCAACGACUUGGCCAAGUGA